UAAAUAAAAGAGCUCCUAAUCAAACAGCCGUUUAUGCUAUUGUAUACAAUCGAACUAAAAACUUGACACCGGAUAGACUAACGAGAGUAGACAGCUAGAAUCUAAGCAAGAUCUAAUCUAGAAUUUACUACUGAUCUGGAUCUACAACAGACUCAUUUAUACGCUGCGUUUAGAGUGACAAUUUAUCUAAGUACUUAUAAAUGGCUUUAAGAACAGUAAGACGCAGACAAAGAAACAGAAGGCCUAUUCAUAAUCAACCCCAUGUCUUAGAAGUGGACGAUGACAUUAUUGAAACUCCAGCAUCUCAGUGCAUUGACUUGACAUUAGAUAUUUCUCAUGAAGUCAUAGACCUCACUCGAAAUAACUCCUUAAGUUUAAUAGAUUCACCUGUUGUGGUUUUGACUCACACUGAUAAUGUUGGACCAGUGAGAUCAAGAACAGGCAGUGGGAGGAGAGGACGACACAGAUCAUCUUCUCAGCGGGACAAUGUAUAUUCUCCGAGGAGACGGCACAUUCAUCCAAAUUCAGAGGUUCAUGUUCUCCAUUCUGAUGAAAGUAGUGAUGAACUACCUGAUGUUCCCUUUGAUACACCUGAACCAAACACAUCAGCAAAUGCAAGUUUACUUCAGUCUCCCACAGGCAUCAAAAUUAUCUGUCCCAUAUGUUUGGAUGAUGUCAAGCAGGUUCAAAGAAGAGGACAACAAGUAAUGUCCACUACUUGUGGUCAUAUUUUCUGUGAAGCCUGUAUUAAAGCUGCUAUCAACAGCCAACACUGCUGUCCAACAUGCAGGAAAAAAUUGACCCUCAGGAAUGUACAUGCAUUAUAUAUUUAGAGAAAACUGUGCCAAUAUUAAUCAAACUUGUACAUAUUCAUGCUAUCAUUUCAUGAAUGCUAAUUCUUUCCAUAACCUAAGCUUGUACCUCACUUUGCACUGCGAAUAGUGCACAGUUCUUCUUAGUGGUUAACUUACAAAACUGACCUUAGCUCUGAUAAGCUGUAGCACUUAUUUCUGAACUUCACUGGGCACUUUAUACAGGCAGAUGGAAAGAUGUUUUACUCCAUUGUAAUCAGACAACAGUGAUAACUAAAAAUCUCUUUGGUGCUGGUUUCACUUGAUUUUCAUCUCCUCGUUUUGAUUUUUGUUAUUGAUAAAAACCAAUGCUAAGGUUCUAUUUCUUUCCCAAAUAGCCACGCCUUGUUAAUGGAACUGUGUUGGUACUUGUGAUGUUUGUGGGUUAUUUCCCUUGUAGACACAGGUCUAACCUUCCAAAAGCUGAGUUACCACUUAGGAACAAUUCAGUCAUGUAGUCUGGUUCAAACGGCUGACAAGCACACAUGUGCCACUGAUAAUUAAAAUUCGAUUUACUUUUCUUGCAGUUAUGUAGAGUUAGUUUCCUAACACAGAGAGCUGUUGAAAAACUGCAGUUGUGAUCUGGUCAAUUUGUCUAGUUUAUAUUGUACACAUUUUUAAAGUUAAUAUUUUAGAAGCAUUUCAGUUAUUAAACAACUUCUCAAUUAUUUACAAUAUUUAUAUCAUUUAAAAAAUUGCAUUUUAAAGAAGGAAAAGGCACAGUUGCAUGAACGUUUGUUUGUAUUUUGUUAGUUGAAGAGCUUUUUUUUUCCUUUAAAUAAUUUUUUGAUCUUUAACUCUUUCUUCAAAUGUUUGUAUUGUGACAACUCAAGAAUGUGUAGAUAUAUACAAAGCUAGAUGGCCUAAUGGAGUGACAGCCACAUUCUUAUUAAAUCUGGAGCACUUAUUUUAUAUUGCUGAAUGUUUUGACUAGUUUUACUUUACUAUUUUUGAUUACUUUACUUUUUAUGCCUUGCUAGUAGAUGGGCAAGUACAUGGUGAAUGUGUGGGCACCUGUUGUGCGAUAAUCUUUCAUAUAUUGUACAGUGAGCUGUGUGCAAAUGAAUUAAAACAUUCAGA